AUGACGACGAUCACUACCAUGAUUGAAACAGAGAUGGAAUUAGAUAUCGAGGCUUCUUCAUCGCGCAGUUCAUUCCUCUCUAGAAUAAAGCACAAUGUAAGGCGCUUCAGACAAGAAGAUCAGAACCAGAUACGCCAAAUUUACCUUGACGCACAGCGAAGCAUCAUCAAAGCUGCGUUCGUGGCGGGUAUUCAGAAGCCAUUCAUCACAAUACCUGCCUUGUUUCUAACUCGCUUGGUCGCCGCGGUGACGUCAGUAUGGCUAGCACUGAUUGGCUUAGGUCUUAUUGUGUCCGCUGUUUAUAUAUCUUACUAUUUAAAGUUUAUGCAACACAUAAAUCACGCUCUUGAAACUGAUUUGGCAGACAUUAGCAAGAGCUACUCAGUUGAGAAAUCAAGUUUUUGGGUAGUUGAACGCAACAAUGAAGUCGCAGGAUUCGUCGGCGUUGUCCACAGGGAUACCAGCACAAUUGAGUUACAAAGACUGACAGUUGCGCCAGAAUAUAGACGUCAGGGCAUCGCAGAAUCCCUGUGCCGUUACGUGAUAGCCUUGUACGCGGAAAUGAAGCUCCUGCGCCUGCGUCUAGAGUGUACGGAGUCACAUGACGCCGCCAAGAAUCUCUACCGGAAGCUGGGAUUCACGCUGACCGAUUGCGUGACAGACCCAUAUGCACUUUCGGCUGUCACGCUAGAGCAUCACUCAAUCAAUCUAACCUAG